AGUGUGUGUUCUACACAGAGGAAGAGUGGCUCGUUGUAUCUCAGCCAAUGUCACAGCGUAUGAAGUAUAAGUAGCGCCUCACGCGCCGCUGUUGAAGUGUAGUGGGUAGUCUUUCUCAUUUCCUUUAGAGUCUUGAAGAACAGAAUGGCUUCUUCAGUACCGACGGCAGUGGUUGUAUCAGCCGUUAGUCCUGGCUCUUUUCAGAAUAAUCGCCAAGUACAUCUCCCGUCGUUAUCUCAUGGGCACAAGAACUCUACCGAAGAACAUGGUAACGAACCCGCUGGCACCGCUAUGCAAGUGCAUCGCAGUGACCUCGACUGUGUUGGUAUGUGGGCAGACAAAGAAGAACCCCAGCUCACUCAAGCUUUGGUAGAUGCAGGUAUUGUAGCCUUUGAAGUUUCGGUCCGGAAGCUACUGAUAUCGUCUAGUCCAGCUUCGUAUAUCCCGAAGAGAUUGCUCACACCAUCGCAAUAUACACGAAGCGUGUUUUGUGUCCAAAAACCACCUCCAUAUUAUCGAACUCCUCGAGAGGCCAUACGUUUUCAAUACUACCGGUAGCAUGUUCCAGGAACAGGCCGGAGGUACAACAGCCCCAAUGUGCACAUGCAUUGUGAUGAUCGAGGUAAAUGACGACGAAGCACACUCAGCGGCGACGAUGACGAACGGUGGGGCAGCGCAAUCGAAGGAUCUGAACGGAGCGCGGUAGAGUAAAGCCCUCAGUCAAUGUCUUCUAUCAUCAGAUAGAAAAUGAUGAGAUGACUGGUUGAUAGCGCUCAGUUCAAGGUAGCAAACUAGGGAGUGUGGAAGUAGAGUAUUGGAAGAGUCCUUGUUUUUGUUAGACAAAAGACCCUGUUCUUUACGUCUUUUCACCUGCACUUGCGUCAUACGCUAUCUGAUAUCAUGUUGCGAUGUUUUCGCACGAAAUAGAUGUCUCACAUCUUCAUUCACCCUUCGAAGUUAUCAAUAUCAG